AUGGAAUCGAUAUCUCUAUCUCGACCACUUUGCAUGUCGCGACUCACCUCAUCAAUCGCUAACCUCAAUAACGAUAUACGGGAAGUUCAAGCCGAAGCCGAAAUCAUAGAGACUCAAGUUGCCUACAAAGAUGCCGAAGUGGAACAGUUGAAAUCGGACAGGAUCAGUCAUGAAGGCCCCACAGGUCACUUAGAUGCUGCUAUCAAACAAGCUCGGCACGAAAGGAAAGGCCUUCGCGAAACAUUCGACGAGAAAAAAGACAAGUUGACUGCCUUAAAAGCAAGACUAAAGAAGAAAGAGGCCAAGCUUGCCGCCAUACCACCUGUUGAGUCUACAAAUGCCCUUAAAACGAAGGACAAUGAAGAGGCGGCGGCAUUGCUGGAAGUUACCAACACCGCCUGGGAUCAGGUCUUUGUCAGAAGCGACGACGGCCAGACUUUUGUUAAGCCUGCUAUGCUUCAUGGAGUCCCCACUACUCCCAUCAGCGAGGACGGUCCAUAUUGGGAGCCGUCAUGGACCAAGUUUGGAGAUGCUAUUGAUGAGAAUCAUCUACGGCGCCGAUAUAACGCAGAUAUCGACGAGAGGCGGCAGAGGUUACAACGAGGGCCGCUCUCGGAGCAAGAGAGACAAUAUUUCGAGAUGCAAGACAAGAGAUACCAGCGCUUUAUGAACGAAGCAAAGGUUAUCAAGAGGUGGUUUUGUCCCGGACAGACGCUGCACCCAAAUCAAGUCAUGGCCAAGGAGUACCUUCCUGACGCGGGAUUCUGUCAAUCGUAUACUCUCUACCGAAUUUCCACCCUCCUUAACCGUCUCAACGCCUUGCACGAAAAAGGCGAGCUGGCCAUGCAACCACUCUACUUCCUUAUUUGGCGGAUGAGUGUUGCCUUCGACCGAGAGCCCAGGAUACGGGCCAAAUCCCUCCUCAAGGUUGUUAUCGACGAAGAUCAUCAUUCUUUUGAUCCCAUUCUGCGACAGGCUGUGAUGAGAGGAGCGCAACAUACGAACGAUUACAAUGCCUAUGGUCCCAGAAGUACUGGAUACUCCUCGCCCAGGAAGCCUUUUUUCCUGCCGUCGACCGCUGCCGGUGAGCAGGAUACGUCUACUAGUCAUUCGAAGUUGCUUCUUGGUGGUUCUCUUGGGCCCCGGAAGCUUAAUUCACAAUUAAAACCAGCGUCUGCAAAUGCUCCUGAUUCACGGGCCCCAAUCUCACAGGAGAAAGGCUUCAAGAGAUUCGGCGGCCAGAAUAAACGAAAGAAAGGACUGCCGAGACCUCUUGAGCAACGAGUUUGUGAGGAAGAGGAGGAUUCCACCAUGCCACCCGCCAAAACUCCUUUCAAGCCAAUGCCACGAACGGAAGAUCGAGUCUCCUUUAGGCCCCGACCCCCCACCGAGAGCCUGAACAUGUCUGAUGAGACUUUUUGCCAACCUUUGGAUGAAGAGGUGCCCUUUUCCAAAGUCGCUCAAGCCACAAACUUUCCUCAAUUUUCCCAGAGAAGCAAGGAUUUGAUACCGCAAGCGACAGCGCGUAGUGAGCGUAUGCGGAGCAUGAAUAACAGCACGAACAACUCUCACCCAACGACGGCUGACGUAUCUGGUGAGGGUAGAGACAAGCAGCGGCGCAUAACACAUCCAGGAGACUCUGACAUUACUCGCACAGAUAUACUUUCUAACAGUAAUGAAGUGGACAAGGCUGCUGUGUGCUUGGAACCCGCAAAGGAUAACUGCACUUACGAAGACAACUCAGAUGUCGAGAUAUUGGAAGAGCGGACCAUUGAACGGAGUCCAUUCCCAAAAAGUGGACGAAGAGUAACACACGGCUUUGUGACAGCCUGGCUACCAUGCACUGAGCGCGAGGCAAUGUCAUGGUUCCUUUGA